AGUCACACUUUUAUCUAAACGAAAAGUAUAACUUCUUUUUAUUCACUCGGCCUGUCUAUGGCAAACUUUCCGGCCAUCAUUCUGCAUUAUUUCCGCUCAAUUUCAGCACCAUCGCUUCUUAGCGCGUUGGCACAAGCCCUCCGGAAGAGCGGCGUGUUGCAGGAUUCUGACGCCUGUGUCUGAUUUUUCCUCACUCUUGAGAGUAAAUUGUGUCCUCACCUCUCUGUGGAUUUCCUCCAUACAUGACGACGGCGACUUUUUCUCGCUGCUACAGUAUAGCCGUGAGCGUGCCUCCUCGCUCUCACAGCACACUGGAUUCGCACCACAGUUUGUGUUGAUUGCUGACACGUCGCCGUCCAGGAUCUUCCCUGUGUGCGCCUUUUUCUCACUUCAUGCCAGUCGGAAGAUAUCGAAGCGGUUGAAAGAGCCAUCGAGUCUUCUUUCGGUGUUGUGUGACAACCCACCAUUUCCCUAGCUGAAGAUAGAGAAAAUUCCAGUUCCAGACGCAAACUGGAACACUGAAGGAUUCACUGCUCAGUUAGUUCAGUUCUUUGCCUGCGAAGUGUAGUCAUCAUGGCACAUUAAACACCUUCAAAUUUUCCUCAGAAGGCUAGGUUCGACGAAGACGGUGAUCAAGGAGGCUUAUUACAGAACCGCAGACGUCUUCCCGAACAAGCUGGCGCUGUCGCGAUAUCCGUGUGUACAGCACCUCUUCAGUCCCCAUUGGCUACAUGCAUACUUUUCUCUAUGUUGCUAAUAGAAUCGUGUAUACGAGUGCGUGUAGUCUGCCAGUUAUGUAGCUGUAUGAACUUCCAUACACUGUCUUCUUGUGUCGAGGGAUCCUCCGCAUGCAUUGCCUAAGUUGCCAUGUGAAUAAAUCUAGUAAACGUGUGUCGAAAAACAUUUCGCGCUUUUCUUCGUCGCCAUGGUCCCGCCUAAGGAAAACACCGAGGCGAAUGCAGAUUUUCCCUCGGCAACCACGUGUGCUUCUGGAGCUGAAACCAAGCACCGAGAACCAGAGGGCGACUGUAUGGUGUGUUUUGAAGAACUAUCGCGGGCGAAUUACGCAGAAUAUUGCAUGCACCGACAGGUAGCAGACAGUAGCAACUCUGAAGACAGCUGCCCCUGGUUCCCUGCCAAAUUCUGUGUUGACUGCAUCGAAGAGCUACAGGCUACCCAGUUCAAGCGGUACUGCGACAGCGUUGCCAACACGACAUGCGCGAGAGAGCAACGGACUUUGCUCGAAAGAGGCCCACCGAUCAAUCUACGCGACCGUCUCGCCUUUCCUGAGUCGGAUGACCAAGAGAUUUCGGCACUCUGGUACGCCAAGGACAACGCUGAACACAGUGCAAAACUCAAGGACAGCCUGGAAGGUGAAGAACGACAAGCUCUGUGGGACGAUUUGCGCCAGUUUGUAAUCGUGGAUGAGGACACCGAACAACCCGGAGAGGAACAAACGUCCAAGCCGUUCUAACUUUCUCAUCACAAGCAUCCCCGCAGAGUUUCUACACGCAUUUACAGGCAUGUGCAGAUAACAGAACACGGACAGUGUAGGCUUCUGUCCAGAAAACAAGUGGCAUUGUCCACGGUUGCUCUCUCAGCUUCACGGGGUAUUUCGAACCCCCCACUGCCUACGCGUUGCCUUUCGCGUGGAGUGUAUAUUCCACGUUGUUAAAGUGAUCGGUUCUAGGGGGGAAGCGUGGUGUGCCGGGAUACGCUUUUGAAGUGCUGUCUAAAUGUUAGGCCAUCUUGAGGCAAGAUAAGCAAGGUCACAUAAUGAAUCUAAAGAUGCAUGCACUGAUUUUACAAAUGUAAUGUGUGGAACCCAUGAGUCAAAGCAUAAUUCGCCGUGCUUCAACUGUGAUCUGUCGAGCCGAAGUUAUAAGAAUGCGUCGCGGGUGCUGAUGAUGCCUCCCAACACGUUUAUCAACUGUACUAGAGCAAGCAUGCCCAGAUAAAAACGCGUUGGAUGCGUGCCCCGAGGGGUAUCUAAUAAAUUGAUUUAGUCCGCCGGAGGAGAGAUUCCGUCUCGACAGCAGCUUCACACAUUGGUAGCAGCGAUGGGUGUCAUUUCAGUGCCCCAACACAGCAGCUUUUGGCUCACAUGAAUGGAAAAAGGGUGUAAGGCCAUACUGUUUCACGACUGCACACUUUUGUGUGCGAAGUUGAAGCAAUUUUGUUGGCUAAAAUGUUCUCGAAAAUUCAUAAUAUCGGAUUUUUGCUGUCGGAAGUCGUAUCACGGUGACAGGGCUCUCGAUGUCAGUCUUCUGCAACUUGCGUGGCAUUUGUGAGAGCAAGAGGUGGAACGAAAACCGACACAUGUUCGGGAACGGAACUGACAAAACUCAAGACCCAGUAAGCUGGGAGCGGGGCUACUCAUUGUGGGGGUCAGGCUUGGCUCCUGGUUGUACUUCUCUAUUUCCUGCUUGUGUUGUAACACAGUGCGCUAAGCUAACUCGCGCCCGGUAUUUCUGUGUCAGUAUUGUGUCACGAAAAUCACUGACGGAAGGGCGGUCUGAAUUCGUGGACCCCAGUUCUCUGUAACUGAACAUU